UUUACUUGAAAGAUGCGGCUUCCCCUCGUGCUUCCUCCCCGUUUCUUUCGUUUCUCAACCUGAUAAUGCAAGCCAAAAGGGAUCUCUACGUUUCGAAAGAAACUCAAUCAGAAACCGUUCAUCCCAUCAUCAACGGCUUCAGGCCCUCCAAAACAAUACUUCAAACUGUUUAUAUACGCUUCUCAAAUCUCAAUUGCCUUGGGUCAAAACGAAAUCAAAAGGAAUUAUCUUCAAGUUUUCAGAUUUCUUUGGAUUGCUCUUUGAUCUCACAUUUCCAGCAAUGUCUUCCACUCCAAUGCUCCCAGUGUCAACUUCAGAGCCCAAUGUUGAAUCUAAACAGUCUGCCACGACCCCGAAUCUCCGCUCCAUCCUCGCGCGCCUCUCGGGCUCUGCCCGUCUGGCUCUCUCUCGCUGCCGUCCCUGGACGGAGCUCGUCGACCGUACCGCAUUCACUAAACCAGCCUCCUUCUCCGAUGCCACCUCGCGGGUACGCAAGAAUUUCUCCUACUUCCGAGCUAACUACCUCACCAUACUCGCGGGUGUGCUUUCAUUCUCACUCAUCUCCCACCCUUUCUCGCUCGUAAUCCUGCUGUCACUGCUCUCGGCGUGGCUUUUCCUCUACGCACUGCGGCUGUCGGAUCAGCCGGUGGUUAUAUGGGGCCGUCCGUACUCGGACAUAGAAACGCUGGCAAUAUUGGUGGCGUCAACCGUAAUAGUGAUAUUCUUGACGAGCGUGGGGUCUUUGUUGAUAUCGGGAAUCCUGAUGGGACUGGGGAUUGUGUGUGCGCACGGUGCCUUUAGGAUGCCGGAGGAUCUGUUUCUCGAUGAACAAGAGCCGCUGGGUUCUGGGUUGUUCUCAUUUGUAAGUGGCGCUGCUUCAUCUGCCGCCGCCGCUGCCGCUACUCCUGCUAUCAUCUCGCGUGUUUGAGCAAUCAAAUUCAUGGGGUUGGGGUGGUGAUGGGAUUCUUCGCUAUUUUGUGAUUCAUUCAUCAUGUUCUUUCUAGGAAUCAGGAUCGUAGAUCAAUGAUUCAGAUUUUCUUGUAACCUGGAUUCUUUGCUUUGUUUUUUUUUUCCUUUCAUUGAGAAUUGUAUUAAGUAACAUUCAACUAGAAUGAACGAAAAUGGUGCGAAUUUGCAAAAUCCCAAAGCAUUGGAUGA